AUGGAAGAAGCCGAUGGUAUUAUUUUGAUGGCGCUGAAGGAUCUCGAGUGUGAUGUCGCCCACGUUCACAGUGUUGAUGAAAUGGACGGCAAACGUAUUUUUGAAUGCGUUGAUCUUGGAUACGUGCAUGAUAUCGGUUAUCACACCAUCCUCUACGGAAGUGUGAGUGACGUACGCCAGCUGUUCUGCUUUCUUAUUGAGCUGCUGCCGAAGGACGCCGGCUCAGAGCAGGUAGCUGAAAAAAACACAUUGGACGACUUCCGAAGGCAGCUGAGGUCGACUCUGCGCUUCGAACUCGACAAACCGCUGUUGCCGUGGGGUUUGAACUACCUUGUUGUGAGUCGCUGUAUCGAUUUGCAAAAGAUGGCUAAGAAUGGCUGGGUGACGCUGGAAAAGGUGUUCGUUCAAGGUUCGUCGACUGGACUUGAUCAGAAAUUGAGGGAAACGACUCUUUCGGUGCUACCUCCAAAACAACAGAAAGACAUCGAAAAGUCUUCAGAAGAAUACCUGGCAGAUAUACUGAAAUACGAGAAUAGCCUUGCUGUGAAUGCCAAAACGAUAGCAGAGCUGAAGCAAAUAGUUGAAUCAGAAGAAGAUGACCUUCGCGAUCAAGAGCGAUUACUUGCACUUUUAAAUGCUCCUGAGGAUUUGGAACAAUUGAAGGAGAACGUUUUUUCCCUUACGGCUACAGUCGAAGCGUUGCGGUUAGAAAAGUCUAAGCUCCAAGAAACGUCAAAGCAGAGUCACACAGUACAGACCGAAGAUUUGGAAGAAGCCCAGCGAUUGGCGGAGAGUCAACGAGAGAAUGCGGCAUUGACAGAAAUGCUUCAUAGCCAAAUGCGGCUGUUGCAUGAAUUGAAAAAAGGACUGAACAUCAACCACGUGUGUCAGAACAGGUCGACUUAUACAUUGAGAAUCUUGGAAAUCACCGAAAAUAUUAAAAAGCAGAAACUUGAAAUUGCAAAGAUUAUUGGUGACAUCAAGCUUCUGCAGAAGGAUAUUAACCUCAUUUCAGGCAAACUUGAGAGGACUUUCGUCGAGACGGAAAACAGGCUUCUGAAGUACCCUGACACCGACCAGUUCAAAAACCUGAUCACGAGUACUCACGAACAGUGUGCCCGUAUCAUACGAAUUAUUGAAGAUAAUUAUCAUAUCCGUCGCGAUAACAAGGAUUUGGAAGAUCAGAUUCUUCUCGAGAAGUCGAGGCUGAACAAAGAAGCCGCUGAAAAACUUUACCGAGAUUAUAAGGAACUUUGCCUUGAAAAUCAGGCUCUGGCUGCUCAGCUCGGCGAAUAUCAAAAGGAACCCGUCAAGGCGGUCUGA